UUUUUUUGCUACAUGAUUUUUCUGUGUAAUUUUGAAAAUUAAAAAAUUUAGGCUUUGCAAAUACGGCGUGUUUUUUUGAACAAUGUUUUCAAGAAUAAAUAGUCAUCAUUACAUUUAAAAGUGUCUCAUAGGAAUUUUUAUUUUUUCCGUGUUUAGGAGGUCAUUUUGAGCAACUUUUGUUCUACGAAAAACUUCACUUUUCUUGUAGAAUGUUUUUCUUGUGUUAUUUUUAGUAAUUCAAUUUCUUGAUUAGUUUAUCUUGUGUUUUUGAUAGUAUUUGGCUUAUUUUACCACCUCCUAUCAUUACAUUUUGCCUAUCUAUUUUUUCAUGUUUUUACAGUCACUUUUGCAAUUUUUUGCAUGUUUAUCACAUUUUGUACUAUAGAAUAGCACCAUUAUCAUUUAAAUUGUAAAAAAGCGUAGAGGCAUAGUCUGGUACACUACAAAAAUUACUGCAUACUUCUUUUUACGAAAAAAACGAAAACGAAACUAUUGGCACUACGCCCCCCGGGGCAUGGCCUUCCUCUAACGUGGGAUUUCUGCUCCAGCGCCUCUGACGAGACAGGAGAAACCGGGACCGACGUUUUACUUCACCAUCCGAUAGAAGCUCAGUGGAUAAGGUGGGAAUCGAACCCGCGUCUCAUAGCAUCAUCGGGAUCGGCAGCCGAAGCCGCUACCCCUGCGCCACGAGACCCACACUUCUUUUUACAUAAUACAUAGAAAAAGAAACCUCCCCAUCUCCCGCAAACACAUCCUGUUUCUUUUUGCCAUCACGGUGGCAUGUAUGUUUAUCCUGCUCUCGGUGCUACAAUCUGAACCAUACGGAGUCCCCACCGGACAUGGCCAGCUGGACAUUAGUGAACCCCUCUCCGACAGCAAGGUAAAUCUCUCCGAAGCAGUUCGUGUCCUGUGCUGGGUCAUGACCACACCGGCCAACCAUGCGUCCAAAGCUGUUCACGUCAAGCGAACUUGGGGCAGGAGAUGCAACAAGUUGCUGUUGAUGAGCUCCGCCGAGGAUAAAGAGUUGGGAACGAUUGCUCUGCCAGUUGGUGAAGGCAGGGAAGGUCUGUGGAACAAGUCGCGCGAAGCGUUCCGGUAUGCUUACGAACAUCACCUGGAGGAAUACGAUUGGUUCUUGAAGGCUGACGAUGAUACUUACGUCAUCCUGGAGAACCUGCGUUAUUUCCUGUACCCAUUUUCGCCAGAAUUUCCAAUUUAUUUUGGAAGCAAAUUCCGAUAUCCCGAGUACGUCAAGCAAGGUUACUUCUCCGGUGGAGCUGGUUACGUACUGAGCAGAGAAGCCUUGAAGCGAUUCGUUGAGCAGGCUCUUCAAGGAUCGAAAAAUUGUACCACUGCGUUCGAUACGGAAGAUUUGGAAAUGGGAAGAUGCAUGGAAAGUGUCAACGUAACUGCCGGCGAUUCCCGCGAUCUCUUGGGAAGAAAACGCUUCCUCCCGCUGGAACCCAUGUUCCACCUGACCACCAACCCAGCAGAUGACCCCAACUUUUGGUACAACUACUACUCGUUCUACGAACCAUUCUACGGGGAUAACUGCUGCUCGGAUCUGGCCAUCAGCUUCCACUACAUCCCUGGUCAGCAAAUGCACGUGAUGGACUAUCUCAUCUACGGGUUGCACCCGUACGGAGUCAAGUUCCGCAAUCCACCACUGAAGCCAAAGCUGAGCUGGGACGAGGCGAGACUCGUGCCCGGACCAUAUCCAGUGGAAACUACCACGGUGAAUGCCACUGUUGAUCUUUCAUCUACGGUAUCUGCUAGUAGCGAAGAGAGCAGCAGCAGCCAGGCAAAUAUUGACACUCGAAGUGAGAAUUCUACCAGCAGUGAGGCGUCGAAUGAAGUUGGAAGUACCAGUAAUUCAUCAUAUUUGUUAGAGAUUUUUAAAAGAUUGCUGGAGAAGCAAGAAAUCAAUAAAACAAAGGAAGAAGAAAUUAUAGAUAAGAUACUUAGUGAUAAAGAAUUUACGAAAAAACUUUUAGAUAAGUUGAAAUUGCGCCAAAAUGAAUAAAACAAAAUGUACAAUCAGAAACUAAAAAAAGAAAA